GCCCAAUUCACCAUUUUCACAUAGGCCAGGCCAUAAUUCUCCUUGUUAACCCCCCAAAAUUUUCCAUACCCAUUGUCUCCAAUUUCUCUUGGGACGACUGUAAUACAGAGGAGAAAUUGGAAACAAUGGUUAUGCAAGAUUUUGGGGAGUAAACAAGAUGCUCUAUGUAAGUUUUUGCUCCACUGUUUGAUCAUCUUCUUAGUUUAAACAUGCAGGAAAUGAGAAAAAUGGAAGUUGGGGACCUGUCUGCUAAGACUCUUAACUACGUCUCCCGCUCCUUGGACAAACCAACGCUGAACUCCUGGGAGGACCUAAUGCAAAGUCAAACCUUUUGCUCCAUUUAUUCAAACGAUGAUGCCGAGAAAUUACGACUGAAAAGUAGCCACGUGCACCCGGCGGAAGCUUUAAUAUUCGACCUCGCAAAUCGAAAAAUACCAUUGGAAGACCUGAUGAGCGGUCUCAGAGAAAUUGGGAACGAGGAGGCAAUUUCGAUCAUUGAACAUCGGGAGAAAUGGUCGGAAGGUAAGUUGUAGUCAUCGGUCGUCAUCGCAUGGGUUGAAACAUAUCUGUGGAAAUGUUUGGUUUAAUUUCGGAUUUUGAUAGAAUCUCUUCCUAAAGUUAAAGUCCCAUGUUCACUCAAAGAAACGAGUAACUUGCUUUUGGCGCUAAAAAAGAAGUACAUUUCGACGUGCCAUGAGAGAACUAAAACCAUAUAAAAUAUAGCUGAAAUAAAUUUCGUUUCUGAAAAAUGAGACCCUGAAAUGAUAGCUCAGCUCUUUCUACAAAGGCAGCUUGGUUUAUUGGUUAUAUCAGUUUCCACAGCCCGAGCUUUUCUCCUCAUCCAGCCAUGUAAAGGACCAACUGGCAAUUAAAAGUAUUGUUCCAGUGGAAUCUUUGUGUGAUACAUGUAUGUCUAUAGUAAUGUCCAAUCCUCGAUUGUAUCUGUAACGCGUACGGAAGGAUAUUAACUGCCAUGCCUGUUUUUUUUUUUUUUAGUUUUAACUUACAGUCUUACAGUCCGGUUUCUUGUUGAGGGUCUCCAACUGUGUCUCGAUUAGGCUUGAUUUCUGCCGCUCUUUCUGCCCUCCCCGAGAGGAGAGUCUGUUCUCGUGAGGAGUGCGGGCUUAUUUUUCGAACAGUGACUGGUAAUCAAGCCUAAAUCCCGACCAGUUCGAGAAGAAAUUAUGCAACUUGCGUCAUGUUAACUGAAUAAAAAUGAUUUAUUUUAUUAAUCGAAUAAAGCUCACUUUCCCUGCUGGAUAUCUGUUCUCUUUCCGAACUCCGCAGCCCUGUUCUCUUUCUCCGCCCAAAUCUCCAAUUCCAGCCAAAUAAGGUAAUUCACAGAUCCUGAGCCGAAAAACUUAUCGGAUACCCUCUUUGAUGUCAUCCCUAGAAACAAUGAGCAUGAACAGCUUCAUCCCACAAGAUUAUGGUGGACGAUCUGCUCCAUCACUCCUCAUACCGCGGCAAUCAGAAGAGGUAUUUUAUUAUUCUACCAGUCUACCCACUUUGGCUGUUUGGUUGUAUUAACAACAGAAAUAUAUGAAAUGAAUAUUACUAUGUUUAAAAUAAUUUUUUUUAUCUAAAUAAACUCUCAUUAUGCUCUAUAGAUAUUGGAUAACUUAUGAUUUAUCAGUGAUAUCGUGUUAGGAUAUGGUUAAUUGGUUCAUGUGACUGUAAAGGCGUGCAAUAUAGAAGAGAAAUGAUGACGUCACAAAAACUAAAUUUGUGAAAUCAAUGGAUAGGCUGGCUUAUUCAGAGAGAACAGGGUGAAAUAUGUUCACUUGCCAAAAAUGAGCCUGUUCAUCUUCAAAUUGGCGGGAAUGUAGAAGUAGUUUAGCCUUUGAGCAAGCGUCUCCUGUUGCUUGCCUCUCGCACGUGUGCUUUUCAAGAUAUGUUAUUCUCCGACGGAUACGAUCCAGGCGUAUCUUAUAAGGAUUUAUAUGGAGUCAUCGGAGCAUGAUACUUCUUAUAUCUUCCCGCCAAUUUGCAAUAACAGGCUCAUUUUUAUCCUGUUCCGGGGUCCAAGAUAGUCGGCAAAAACAAAACGGUAGGAAACUGGGAAGAGAAAGGGCGGCUUCCUACCGGAUCAUUAUACGUUUCUGGGAAACUCCCCACUUACCCCUCUCCUAAGCCAACAUUUUACCCUAAGUGAAAAGUAAGUGUUAAUGUUGGCUUAAGAAAGGGGUAGGUGGGCACUGAGUUUUCCAGAAACGUAUAAUGAUCUUUUUCCCGCUCGCACCCCCUUUUCCCAGAUCACGCGCUCAUAUUUUUGCGUCCCUUUCACCUACGCGUCAUCCCUCAUCCCUACUGUCUGAGAGCCUGGAACAGGCUAGCUCAUUUUGACAAGUGAACAUAAUUAUUUCGUCUUGUUCUUUGUUUCUUUUUAAAGUCUUUUCCAUCUCAAAUUUUACAAAUUUGAAUUUUCGUUACGUCACACUUCUCUUCUUUUUUGUGAAUAGUGAUCAUAAGUAAUUUAGUUUUACUCUUAAAACUCGUAAUUGCAAGCUAUUUGUUAUUCGCACGUUGAAGGUGGUUUCCAACUAACUAACUGUAUUUUUGGUGGUACACUAGAGUGCUUUAAGGACUGGCGGUGCGGGUCCAAUGUUUCGCCUUGUGCCUGUUUUCAGUUGCAAGGCGAAACAUUGAACCUUUUUCUGCCAACAUAAAUCACUGUGACUAUGGAUCAAACCAUCAUUGUGCUUGGAUUUGGACUAGGAUAAGGCGGAUGGAACGUGAUUUUUCGAGGUUUAGUAUAAGAAACGUAUUUUUUUUUUUGAUUUUGGAGGGGCCGACUGUUCGAUAUUUUAAUCAUAUAUGUCUAAUCAUUGUGCUUAGAAAUGGACUAGUUUUAGGCAAAAGGAACAUGACUUGAUAUAGGGAACGUAUAGUUCAUGUUUCUGGAGUAGCUAUAGUACUCGAUAUUUUAUUGGUCAAUCAAUACGUCGAUAGUGCCAUAGUGGGGAAGGGGGAAGGAGAAACGGUGCAAAGUUGAGGUCGAGGGGGGUUUGGGUGAAGCGGUUUGUAAUUUAGGUUCAUAAAACCCAUUGUAGUUGAAAAGAUAUUACGACUGGAAGGUCUUUAUGAUUAUGGUGAUGGGUGAGAUAUCGAGUGAUUAAUAGUCAAUUAGCAGUAGUCAAUUAUCACAAUUUAAAGAAAAACGCGAUGUAUCAGUCAAGUCGAUGAAUUCCUAUUCACCGUGUGGACAAUCCCUAAACGUUUGCAUUGAUGUCGGAGUGACUGUCGGAGUAGCUCCGUACGGCUGAGGAGAGUCGAUUAACGCGAAACGAAACUUGCUGCGCGCCCAGAGGAGAGCAACCCAAACGCCAAUAGGGCUGUUUUUCCUCCUCUUCCCAAUUGAGUAUCUCUGUUAUCUAAUCAAGUAAGGUGACAAGCAGCUUGGCCAGCCCCUCAAAGAACGCCUGCGUUUACACCCAUUUCAAUAAAGGUUGCUUUGGGAUUUGGUCAUUGAAACACAGAAUACAACGCAAUGCUUUCUUGAGUGACCACCAAACAAUGGCUUUCAAACACCAAAGCACGAUUCUCAAAGCAACCUUUAUUGAAAUAGGUGUAUACAAGCUAUGGGUAAAAGAAAGUGAGUCGAUACGGCUACUUUAACUAGUUAAAUAUCUGUUAAUUAGACUAGUUCGUGUAUUUAUCUAUUUUUUAGUUAUUUAUUUAUUAAAAUCACUCUCGACAAUUUAAUAGUCAUCCUUUAUAAAAUAAUAAAGAUAGUACGCUCGCUCUGAUUUCUGAUUGGUCGAGGAUCGUGUUUGCCUGAGAGUAUGUAAACAUGGUUGUGACGUCAAGAUGUUUUGCUUUUCUCGCGCUGAUCAUGCAAGAACAAAUUUGAACAUUCUCAUCCCCAGAGCCACUCGGCUUACUUUGCAACCGAACAGUGACAACCGGAGACCAAAAGAAACAAAGGGCUCUGGGGACGAGAAUGGAAUUUGAAAAAGGAUUUGAGUUGAAAACUCAACAAGUUUACUUUAUUUACCCAUUUUGUCGUCGGGCGACACUCGAAAAGUCUUAACAAACACGCUGCGUUAACUUUUUUUGCUCAAGCUGACAAUUUAAGCGCGAAAAAUCAAUAUUUUGGAAAGCAUCCUUUUUGCAAAACAAGAACAUUCUCAACCUCUCUUGAGGGGUUGUGAGAUUUCUUGAUCGUUAUGCAAUCCUCUCUUCGUCUCGGGUUUGCAUAACGGUGUCGAAUUCUCCCAUCCCCUCCUCGUGUUUAUAGGCUAUGCAAACAAGGAAAACGUUUUCUAUAGCUUAGGCCCUGUUCGUAAAACGACAAAAAAUAGAGUUUGGCGUUAGCAAAAAAGAAGUUUGAAAAUGUUGUAAUCUAUAUCAAUUUUUCUGUUUUCGCACCUAACGCACGCAAAGGUUUUCAUGUAACCAAAAACGUCACCAAAUAAAGGAACUUAAAUUGGUCAUGUUCGCGCGAUAUAUCCGACGAGAAACAGCUGUCAAGGAACAAAGGAUUUUGCCGACUGUCAAAAAUUUGUGGGCCUCUAAACUUUCUCGACGGCAUUUCUGAAGUUUGGUGACACUUGAGAAAAUUGGUUAGGUGAAAAAAAUCGUUCGUACUAGAGAUGAAGGGCAGAAAAAAGCUUUAAAAAGCUUUUUUAAAAUUCCUAUUGACAGCAGAUUUUUUUGGCAGAACAACCAAAAUUUUGCGUACCGCGAACAGGGCCUUAUAUAAUUUCUUUGUCGCUAAAAGGAGGUCAGAUGAUUAUUAGAAAGAUUAUGAGUCACGUUUACGACAAACAGAUAACGUCAGAUUCAAGUUGAGAAUUUCUCAGAGUAGAAAAUGAGCAGAUAAAAACUGUUCAGAAAAUUGUCGCAGUAAUAAACAGUAAACGUCAAUUAAGGAGAAAUCCUGGUCACGUGGUAACAAAUUCACGUUUGGCGUAAACGUGACUCUUAAUCUCUCUGUUUUCUUUCUUUUUCGCUUCAGAACCGCUCUUCGGCUUCGUUGUCAUAUGCCAGAUAUGCCCCUUCAGUGAAGGCACAAGGCGCAACAUUAUUACAUUAUCCUGUUCAGGAAUCAGGAGUCAAGGAAGACCGUCCGGGCAAUCCGGAUCAACUCCAAGAAAACACGGGAAGCAUCUGGAGCUAUUUCUCCUCUUGCCUUGGAUGAUUGGACCGCCCAAAAGAUUAGGCUAAUGGCAAAAGUGCCCUGUCGACAUUUUAUAUCUCUGACUUGAGGCAAUAAUUUAUAGAUUUAGCCAGGGCUAAAAGCAAAGCUCCC